UUUAGCGGGGAGGGGCCAUUAUCCUUGCUGUCUGAAGUGUUGAAACUGGUUUAGUACCCUUGUCUCUUUGUUCGACUACACUCCGGCCUCCGCUCAGAUCGGAUCUACUGUAUCCCCUCCCCUCCCACAACUUUUUUCACCAACCCCAACUCAUAAAACCAAUUUUAUUCUUCUCUUUUUAUUUAUCUAUUUUUCUUAUUUUCACACACACAACACACACAAACAUUACAUCAAAUAUAUUCACCUUUCAAACCUCAUAACCAAGAAUCAGAAACCCCCAAACAACCCAAUGCUCAAUCCUAUUGAAUUUCACAAUACCAAAAUAAAAAUAAAAAAUCUUGGAACAAUUGAGUUGAAUUAUUGAGGUGCAUUAAUGGGGAAUGUAACAGCAGGUGUGGCUGCAAAGUUUGCAUUUUUUCCUCCAGAGCCACCAACAUAUGAUGUCAAGAAAGAUGAGAAUGGGAAGCUCACAUUCACAGGCCUCACAUCUGAUAAAAACGUGGAUGUUCAUUUGUGUGAAACCAAGGCUGGCAACAAAGUUGCAGCUACCUUUUGGAAACACCCUUCUGGGAGGCUCACCCUUUUGUAUUCUCAUGGCAAUGCUGCUGAUUUGGGCCAAAUGCAGGAUCUUUUUAUUGAGCUUAGAGCUCAUCUCCGGAUUAAUAUUAUGAGCUAUGAUUAUUCAGGAUAUGGAGCAUCUUCUGGUAAGCCCACUGAGUUCAACACAUACUAUGACAUAGAAGCUGUGUACAAUUGUUUGAAGAGUGAAUAUGGGAUCAAUGAAGAGGAUGUUAUUGUGUAUGGGCAAUCUGUUGGAAGUGGUCCAACACUGCACUUGGCUUCUCGUUUGCAGAGGUUAAGAGGUGUUGUUCUACAUAGCGCCAUCCUUUCAGGAAUACGUGUUCUGUAUAAUGUCAAAAUGACGUUCUGGUUUGACAUAUUUAAAAAUAUUGACAAGAUAAAACAUGUUAGCUGUCCAGUCUUAGUCAUACAUGGAACAAAUGAUGACACUGUUGACUUCUCUCAUGGAAAGAAACUAUGGGAACUGGCUCCAGAAAAAUAUGAGCCACUGUGGGUACAGGGUGGAGGACAUUGUAACCUUGAAACAUUUCCAGAGUACAUAAAGCACUUGCGCAAGUUUAUAAAGGCAAUGGAAAAUCUCUCGGUCGCUCAACGUUCCAAGCAAAAGUUGACAAACAGCCCAAGUAUAACAGAUUCAAAGAACAACAGAUGCUUGAGAUUUGGGAAGAGAUGAUCUUUGAUUUCAUAUAUUCAAUUUUUAUUUCCUCUGUCAAACCACGUAAAAUUUAACAGUGGUGCACAAAUAGAGUUCAGAAUGUUGCUACAUGUGCUUUCAUGGCCAUAUUGAAGCUGCUUGCUUUAGGCAUCAGUGAUAUCGUGCUGGCGGACCAUCAGGCUUCUGUUGUAAAAUGUUGUGAAUUGUAAAUACCUUGUUAGAUGAGGAUGCUGCCCAGUUGCAGAUAUUUAGAUGGGGCAGAACUCCAGGACUAUUCAUUCAUAUGUAUGUUGCAGUGAGAAAGACAUGUUACCAGAUAGUCAUAAGAUUAACAAGCAUUAUUAAUCUGUGUUGUAGAAUUCCAUAAGCUAUUAUCAGGAAUUUUUUCUUUUUA